GGGGCGGGUCCUCAGGGCGAGGUCCGGGCCAGUCACCCCUCUUAUGGCCUCCAGCUGGGAUGGCCCCCGAGCUCGCUCCAGCUGCGACCGCAGCGGACGCCCACACCUGCCGGAGCCUCCCCCCCCAGCUGUGAGGCUGAGAUUCCGCGGCCCGGAAGGCGCUGCGCACCUGCUGUCGCUGUGCCCGGUCUCCCCGCACCUGCGGGGCUGAGCACCGCCGUGCGGAGCAGCCUGCGACCCGGGCAGAAAGGCCAGGAUCCAGCCAUACCUCAAUGGACCCCAGGGGCAUCUUGAAGGCAUUUCCCAAGCGGAAGAAAAGCCUUGCCAAUCCGUCAUCAAAAGCACUUGCAAAGAUUCCCAAGAGGGAAGACGAAGAAGAAGCAAGAGAGUGGCUGAGCUCCCUACAGGCCCAUGUCGUGCCCACUGGCAUUGGGCGAGCCCGGGCAGAACUCUUUGAGAAGCAGAUUGUCCAACACGGUGGCCAGAUAUGCUGCGCCCAGGCCCCGGGGGUCACUCACAUCGUGGUGGAUGACGGCAUGGACUGCGAGCGAGCCCUUCGCCUCCUCAGACUGCCCCGGCUGCCCCCCGGGGCCCAGCUGGUAAAGUCGGCCUGGCUGAGCCUGUGCCUGCAGGAGAGAAGGCUGGUGGACACCGCAGGAUUCAGCAUCUUCAUCCCCAACAGGUACCUGGACCAACCACAGCCCAGUGAGGCAGACCAAGACUCUUCUACCAGAGCUUGUGAGGCUCUGCUCACGGCACCCCUCUCUCCUCCUCCUCCUCCCGCUAGACCUGUAUCUCCUCCCUGGAGGAUAGAGGAAGCUCCAGACGCCCCGGCCCAGCCUGGCUCUGAUGAUGACACCAGUGAUGGGGAAGAGACCCGAGUGAGCGCAGCUGAUUUGGAAGCCCUGAUCAGUGGCCGCUACCCUACCCCUGCUGAGGGAGAUGGUGAGCCUAGCCCAGCCCCCGAGGGUCUGAAUAAGUGGGUCUGUGCACAGCCUUCAAGUCAAAAGGCGACCAACCACAACGCCCACAUCACAGAGAAGCUGGAAGUGCUGGCCAAAGCCUACGGUGUCCAGGGAGACAAGUGGAGGGCCCUGGGCUACGCCAAGGCCAUCAACGCCCUCAAGAGCUUCCACAAGCCCGUCACCUCAUACCAGGAAGCCUGCAGCAUCCCUGGGGUCGGGAAGCGGAUGGCCGAGAAGGUCCUGGAGAUUCUAGAGAGCGGGCACCUGCGGAAGCUGGACCACAUCAGCGACAGCGUGCCUGUCUUGGAACUCUUCUCCAAUAUCUGGGGAGCUGGGACCAAGACCGCCCAGAUGUGGUACCAACAGGGUUUCCGGAGCUUAGAAGACAUCCGCAAUGAGGCCUCCCUGACUACCCAGCAGGCCAUUGGCCUGAAGCAUUACGAUGACUUUCUGGAACGCAUGCCCAGGGAGGAGGCUGCCGAGAUUGAGCAGACAGUCCGGGAAUCGGCUCAGGCCUUCAGCCCUGGGCUGUUGUGUGUGGCCUGCGGUUCCUACCGACGGGGGAAAGCCACCUGCGGUGACGUGGACGUGCUGCUCACUCACCCGGACGGCCGGUCUCACCAGGGCGUCUUCGGUCGCCUCCUUGACAGCCUCCGGCAGCGAGGGUUCCUGACGGAUGACUUGGUGAGCCAGGAGGAGAACGGUCAGCAGCAGAAGUACCUGGGUGUGUGCCGGCUCCCAGGACCAGGGCGCCGGCACCGACGACUGGACAUCAUCGUUGUGCCCUACAGCGAGUUCGCGUGCGCCCUGCUCUACUUCACCGGCUCUGCCCACUUCAACCGCUCCAUGCGGGCGCUGGCCAAGACCAAGGGCAUGAGCCUGUCGGAGCACGCCCUCAGCUCCGCUGUGGUGCGGGACGCCCGAGGCCUCAAGGUGGGGGCUGGCCGAGUGCUGCCCACCCCGACAGAGAGGGAUGUCUUCAGGCUCCUGGGCCUGCCCUACCGAGAGCCAGCUGAGCGGGACUGGUGACCGCUGGACUACCCAGGACUCCUCUCUGGCUGAACCUCACCACUUCCAUCACUGGGAAAGGGCCAGCCUGGCUCCAGGGCCUGCCCUGCCCGCCCCUGACAAGAGCAGGCUGCCUCCCAGCUGUCCUUGGUAGAAGCUUGCCGGCAGCCCAUUGCCCCCCCGUUAAGCAGGAACAGGCGGCUGGUUUGAAGCCAGCUCUUGUGCUGAAGGCCCGGGCAUCCCCCUCCUCUACCCUGAGGAGGGUUUGGCUGCUGGGGGUGGGAAGGGGCUGCAGGGGCAAGGCGAGCAGCUCUGGCCCAGCAUUACCCAAGACCCUUUGGAGCAGGAGAAUGAACCACUUCGCAUACUUCCUCUUCCCACCCGCUUCCUGUGCAGCCGGAGGUGCUGGGAGAGGCGCCUCAGGCUCCGGCACAGCAUGGGAAGACCCAGCGGCCCAGUAAAGUGCAUUUGACCUUCA